AUGGAUAUGAGUGAUGUUUUCCCAGAAGAAUGCAUAUCAGAAACCAUCUCCUUUACAUGUGCUAGAGAUGCAUGCAGAUUCUCAGUGGUGUCUACCGUCUUCAAAUCAGCUGCGGACUCGGAUGCCGUGUGGGAGAAGUUUUUGCCGUCUGAUUACCGGGAGAUCAUCUCCGGUUCGGCCUCGCCGUUGUUGCUUACUACAAACGUGUCCAAGAAGGAUCUUUAUCUUCAUCUUUGCCAUAACCCCAUCAUCAUCAACAAUGGUACUAUGAGCUUUGCAAUAGAAAAAGAGAGCGGAAAAAAGUGUUACAUGGUUGGGGUAAGAGGGCUUUCUUUUUCGUGCGGAGACUCUCAAUGUUGGAAGUGGUCGUCCCUACAAGAAUCUAGGUUUUGUAAAGUGGCUGAACUCAAUUAUGUGUGGUGGCUUGAUGUGAAGGGAAAAAUCGAUACCAAAAUUUUGUCUCCCAAAACCAACUAUGGAGCUUACCUUGUGUUUAAGCUGACUGAAUCUACAUCCGGUUUUAGAACAAGACCUGUGAAAUUAGGUGUGUAUUUAGAAGGAAUAGAUAAUGGGGAGAGGCGCAAUGUGUAUUUAGAUCCUCCGAGAAAUACGCCAAAACUAUCUCAAAAGAGAGGAGAUGGAUGGAUGGAGAUUGAGAUGGGUGAGUUCUUCAAUGAAAAUGGUGAUAAUGGAAUGUUGAUUUGUAGUGUUUUUUAUUUCAAGGGAUUGCACACUAAGCGUGGCCUUAUUGUUGAAGGAAUUGAGCUCCGGCCUAAAGAUGGAAAAUAAUAUUAAUUAUG